AUGUUGGUGGGUGGUCAAAGUGUAGCGGAGUUCCUCUCGUUGGUAUUACCAGUACCUGAAAAUAGCCGUUUAGAGGAUGAGUUUCAGCGGCCCUUAGUGACCCUCACAUUCGCUCAAUCUCUUGACGGGAAAAUAGCAGGCAAGGAGGGCAAACAGAUUAUUCUCAGCGGCAAAGAAAGCAUGCUUAUGACUCAUUGGAUGCGCACCAAGCACGAUGCCAUCCUAGUUGGCAUCGGUACUGCACUAAACGAUGAUCCCCAGCUAAAUAGUCGCCACAUUCCUGAGGAUGAACGGCCAAGCCAUCUGCCUCGUCCUGUGAUACUCGACGCAAACCUACGCCUUAGACCGGACUGCAAGCUGCUCAAAAAUUAUCGGGAAAGAAAAGGUCGCCGUCCAUGGGUAAUUUGCGAUGCUAAUUUGACCUCCGAUGACGGAAGAAAGUCCACACUCGAGGACGCUGGAGCAAGAGUGAUAGGCGUGCCCUCGGUGGACGGUUUCAUCAUGAUCCCGGACCUAUUGGAGGUUCUUUAUAACUUUGGAAUCAAGACUCUCAUGGUCGAAGGAGGUGCGGCUAUCAUUGACUCUUUCUUGGUGGAAUCUGCACGGACCAAGCCUAAUACCAUCAUCGACACACUCAUCAUCACAAUUGCUCCGACCCUAAUUGGUGACGAUGGUGUCGGUUACGGCAAGAAACUCUCGGCUACACAGAUCUCCUCUUUGAAGCACAUCCGAACUGAGGUCAUGGGGCGAGACGUUGUUAUUGUCAGUGCAUUAGAGUGA